UUCUGGCAGUUCUGUAAAAAAAMCUAAUUCAAUCAAGUAAAUUUGUUAAACUUCUGCACGAAAAUGAGCGUAGAUUGUGAAUCAUAUUAUGGAACUACACCUGUACAGCAUUAUUUUAGCCCUUACGCAUUCAAUGGCGGAACUGUCUUAGCCAUUUCUGGUGAAGACUUCGCUGUUAUUGCAUCUGACACAAGACUAAGUCAAGGCUUUCAAAUCCACACAAGAGAUAGUCCCAAGUUGUACAAAUUGACCAAGUCCACUGUACUUGGGUGCUCAGGUUUCCAUGGAGACUGUCUAACUCUUACCAAACACAUUGAUGCAAGAUUACAGAUGUAUGAACAUGAACAUGGUAAAAAAAUGAGUUGUCCAGCCAUUGCACAAAUGCUGUCAACCAUGCUGUAUUACAGACGGUUYUUCCCUUACUACACAUACAACAUACUGGCAGGUCUUGAUACUGAAGGAAAAGGCUGUGUAUUCAGUUUUGAUCCAAUUGGUUUCAAGAAUCAAGCAGGUGUGGAGCCAGUAGCAUUGAGUCAAGAGAAAGCAGUGUCUUUGGUGAAAGAUGUCUUCUCUGCAGCAACAGAAAGAGAUAUAUACACAGGAGACUCACUUGUCAUUAAUCUAAUAACCAAAGAUGGUGUAAAAGAGGAGUAUUUCCCUCUAAGACGGGAUUAAUGUGUCAGAUUUAGUCUCAAUAAACUGUACAUUUUGAUGAUU